AUGCAAUCCCUCGGCUGCGACGUCGCCGCCCUCAACACCGUGCAAUUCAGCAACCACACCGGCUACCGCCAAUUCACCGGCACGCGCGUGUCCGCUUCGGAAAUCACCGACCUCUACCGGGGUUUGAAGCAGUCCUACCUCGACGACUUCGACAUGAUGCUCAGUGGAUAUGUCCCCGGUGCUCCGGCGCUGGAAGCAGUGGGCGAGAUAGCGAAAGAACUUAAGGGCAAAGCUCAGGCCCGCGGGAAGCCGGGAAGUUUCUUUUGGGUGCUGGACCCCGUGAUGGGCGAUAAUGGGAGUCUGUAUGUCGCGCAGGAUGUGGUGCCGGUGUAUAAGGGGUUAGUGAAGUAUGCGGAUUUGAUACUGCCGAAUCAAUUUGAGGCUGAACUACUAUCAGAAGUCAAAAUAGUAGACAUGCCCUCCCUAACCCGCGCCAUCUCCGUCCUCCACGAGCGGUACGCCAUCCCGCACAUAAUCAUCACCUCCGUUUCUCUCCCCGAUAGCUCUUCUCCCUCUUUUACGGCACCCAACUCGUCCGCCCCGACCCCAACACCACAAGAAGAGGGCCAGUCGCAACCCCCCCGCACCAAAACCCUCAGCGUAGUCGGCUCAACAAUGACCUCCACCCGCCAACCGCGCGCCUUCCAGAUUAGCUUCCCAGCAAUCGACUGCUACUUUUCGGGGACCGGGGAUAUGUUUUCCGCUUUGAUACUUGUGCGCAUGCGGGAAGCUGUAUACAAUACUGAAGGAGGCUUGACGGAGCGGGAGUCAUGGCUGUCAGAUGAUGCAGUGGAUGCGCUGGACUUGCCAUUGGCAAAGGCGGCGGAGAAGGUGCUGGGCAGUAUGCAUGAGGUGCUGACGAAGACGGCGGAGGGGAUGAAAGGGAGGGUGGAGAGGGCUAGGGGGUUUGUGGAGGAGCAGCUAAAGAGGGAGGAGCAACGGGCGAGUGGGGUUAAUGGGUGUGCGAAUGGGAAUGGGAAUGGGGAUGGGCACGUCGAUAAGAAGGCUAAGCUUGAGCCAGAGACCAAUGGCAAUGGGGUAUCAGGGGAAGAAAAGACGGAAGAAGAAAGGAUAAAAGAAGAGGAAGAUGAACGGAGGAAACAAGUGGAAGAACAGGAAAAGGAAGAAGCGGAGGCGAGGAAGAGGUUACACUUGAUGAAGAGCAAGGCGGCGGAGUUGAGGCUGGUGAGGCAUCUGGAUAGUUUGAGACAUCCCGAGGUGGAGUUUAGGGCUAGGAGGAUAGAGUGCUCUUAG